AUGUCCCUUUCGAGUUCAAACCCGCGAAAGCAAACCUUCGCCAUUUGGUAAUAUUUAUAAUUUCAAACUGUGGAAGAUUCACAGUAAGGCUGGUUGCGUCAAUGAUACAAGUAGUUGAAAUUUCAGAAGCAAAGGAGGACUUUCCAUCUUCAAAUUUCAAAUCUACAAAUCCUCCUGUAGCUUCUUGCUGAUUCUGUUAGCGCCAACCUCCCUGAGUUCAUAUAUUGAAUUUCUUACUGUUCCUCCAUCUCAGAUUUCAUCCAAAUUUAGAAUUGUUUCAUUAUCAAUGGUUUUGUGAAGAGGGUGUGUGGGGUUCAAAAAUUUCCUUUUCAAGUUUCUCUGGUGUCAUCGAUCCUGAGCUCCCCAUCGUGAAUCCCGGGGGACCGAGUAGCGUGAAGCUUAUUCAUACUGUCUGUUACUUCACUCCUUCUUCAAAUUGCUCUUGAAGCCAUAGCCAGAUUCAAUUCCACUGUGAUUUAAUUUGCUUUUUCUUGGAUUACGCCCUUUCUGACAUGAAAUGAAACCUUCUAUUGGUGAUGAUUUUGACUUGGAAAAAGGGAAGUCGGAUAAGGAAAGAGAUAAAGUUCAGCGAAAUGCCAAGUCAGUUGGAGGCCACAAUCAAGCCCUCCUGUCUGGGUUUGCAUAUUGCCUGUCCUCCUGCAGCAUGAUAUUGGUCAACAAGUUCGUACUUUCUAGUUAUGAUUUUAAUGCUGGAAUAUCCUUGAUGUUAUACCAGAAUUUCAUUUCAGUAAUAGUAGUUUCUAUGUUAAGCCUUCUGGGCUUAAUAUCGACAGAGCCAUUAACAUGGAAAUUGAUCAAGGUGUGGCUGCCUGUGAACGUUAUAUUUGUCGGGAUGCUCAUUACUAGCAUGUUUAGUUUGAAAUACAUCAAUGUAGCUAUGGUGACAAUCCUGAAGAAUGUUACUAAUGUCAUGACAGCCCUUGGCGAGAUGUAUUUAUUCAGGAAGCAUCAUGACAGCAGGGUUUGGGCUGCUCUGUUUUUAAUGAUCAUUUCUGCAAUGUCUGGCGGGAUUACUGAUCUCUCUUUUCACGCAAUUGGUUAUGCUUGGCAGAUGGUUAACUGUUUCUUAACUGCGUCAUAUUCUCUGACACUGCGUAAGGUCAUGGAUACAGCAAAGGUAGUUACAAAAUCUGGAAACUUAAAUGAGUUUUCAAUGGUUUUGUUGAACAAUAGCCUUUCUUUGCCCUUGGGAUUCCUUAUGGUUUUGUUUUUCAACGAGGUGGAUUAUCUCUUAACAACGCCACUUCUGAGAUUGCCUAGCUUUUGGUUGGUGAUGACAUUAAGCGGAUUUUUGGGUCUAGCUAUCAGCUUCACUUCCAUGUGGUUUCUUCAUCAGACUAGUGCUACAACGUACAGCCUUGUAGGUUCACUGAAUAAAAUCCCCCUUUCAGUUGCUGGCAUCCUACUCUUUAAAGUUCCUACUAGUUUGGAGAACUCUGCUAGCAUCUUCUUUGGUCUUCUGGCAGGAGUAUUUUUUGCUAGAGCCAAAAUGAGGGAGAGAUAUCAACCUUGAAAUUCAAAAGUUAAACUAACUCUCAAACUUCUAAUUCUGUAAUUUUUGGUUGAUUUUUUUUUUUUUUAACUGAGAGAAUAGGAGUGAAAUAGGUUCUUGAGCAAGAUGUGGAAUUGCUGUCGCUGGGAUAAGAAAAAUGUUGUCACUAACUUUUUCCGGUUUGGUUCUGUAUCAUGUAACAGAUUAAAACGUUUGAUUUAAUAUGAAGGAUCUCACAGUAAUGGAAUUGAUGAAUAUUA